AGUCCCGGCAAGGGCAGCCGGUGGCCGGUAUAAAAAAAGGGGCCUCCACAAGUUCGUCCCGCGAAGUGCAAGCACCCAGGAAAGCGUCUUCCCCACCGUCGAACUGCACUGAAGGCACACGUCGAGCGACGACCAUGGCGGCCCUGGGACGAGCCGGCCUGCUGCUGCUGGCCAGCGCGGUGCUCGUGGGCUGCGGCGGCCAGGCCGCUGACGACAGCAGCGCACCUGCGGGGGGCGAACGCCAGCACCGGGGCUUCCAGCAGCUGCGCCUCUCGACGGCGCGCGGGUUCGGCAAGCGCGGCACGCUGCCCGCCAUCGCUGCCCUGCUCGGACACCACGUGGCCCUGCACAGGAUCCCCGCGCCGCAGCAACCGCCCGUGAUCAAGAAGGGCUUUCGUAACAUGAAGAUCUCGACGGCCAGAGGAUUUGGCAAGCGCGCUGACUCUGACACUUCGUUUUUGCUGGAGAAUGAUGACUUUGACCCAAUGGAUUUCAAGAGCAAACGGGACAUCCGGAGAAUCAGCCUAUCGACAGCCAGAGGAUUUGGCAAAAGAUUAAGCCCUGCGUCGUCCGACGAGUCCUAUCAGAGCGCAGGGCAGCCUGCAACCACUUGGCUAGCGGAGGAGAUAGCCAAAGGCGACCUGAAUGAUGACGGACCUGUCUACCAGGACGCCCCCUUCUAGACGUUACUUUACGUUAAAACAUCACCAACGGGUUCCGGCUUGAGUAUCGAUGGUUUCUCGCCAGACCUCUGAAGACACAGCUGUACAUACACAAAAUAAAUGAUCGCUCAAACGCAAAUGCUGCAGAAAACAGCUGCCAGAAUAAUCAUCCGCGGAGCCGUAAAACAAGCAACGUCACGGAGCUCGUAGCUCCUCGUACUGUUGUGUACAAUCAUUGCUUUCGAAUAA